CAGCAGCAGAAAGAGGGCUUGUUCUGGGGACUGCAACCAGAAAACCUGUGUCAGGUUGUAGCUGCCAACAGGUCUAAGGCACACAAAAAUGCGUGAAAUUGUGCAUCUGCAGAUUGGCCAGUGUGGGAACCAAAUUGGAGCUAAGUUCUGGGAGGUGAUAAGUGAUGAACAUGGAAUUGACAUCGCUGGAAACUACUGGGGAGAUGCAUUGCUGCAGCUUGAGCGAAUUAACGUGUACUUCAAUGAGGCUUACUCCCAUAAAUACGUGCCCCGUUCUAUCCUGGUGGACCUGGAACCUGGUACGAUGGACAGUGUACGGUCUAGCAAAAUAGGCCCACUCUUUCGACCUGACAAUUUUAUUCAUGGUAAUUCAGGUGCUGGAAACAACUGGGCAAAGGGCCAUUACACUGAAGGCGCUGAACUGAUUGAGAACGUCAUGGAUGUGGUCAGGAGCGAGUGCGAGAGCUGCGACUGCCUCCAGGGAUUCCAGCUCAUCCAUUCGCUUGGUGGUGGCACAGGGUCAGGUAUGGGCACGCUGCUCAUCAACAAGAUCAGAGAAGAAUAUCCCGACAGGAUUAUGAACACUUUCAGUGUUGUGCCGUCACCCAAAGUGUCUGACACUGUCGUGGAGCCGUAUAAUGCCAUCCUCUCCAUCCAUCAGCUAAUAGAGAAUACAGAUGAAACCUUUUGCAUCGACAAUGAAGCUCUAUACGAUAUAUGUUUUAGAACUUUAAAGCUCACCAAUCCUACCUAUGGUGACCUCAACCACUUAGUGUCCCUAACGAUGAGCGGUGUCACAACCUCACUCCGUUUUCCUGGUCAGCUGAAUGCAGAUCUGAGGAAGUUGGCUGUUAACAUGGUGCCCUUUCCUCGUCUGCAUUUCUUCAUGCCAGGCUUUGCUCCACUGACAGCUCGAGGUAGCCAACAGUACAGAGCCCUUUCGGUGCCAGAGCUGACUCAACAAAUGUUUGAUGCACGCAACAUGAUGGCAGCUUGUGACCCACGCCGCGGCCGUUACUUGACCGUGGCUUGCAUCUUCAGAGGCCGAAUGUCUACCAGAGAAGUGGAUGAGCAGUUGCUGGCUGUCCAGACCAAGAAUAGUUCCUACUUUGUGGACUGGAUCCCUAAUAACGUCAAAGUGGCCGUGUGUGACAUACCACCACGAGGACUGAAGAUGGCAGCUACCUUUAUUGGCAAUAACACAGCCAUCCAGGAGCUCUUCAUCAGGGUUUCUGAACAGUUCUCAGCUAUGUUCAGAAGAAAAGCAUUCCUCCAUUGGUAUACUGGCGAAGGUAUGGAUGAGAUGGAGUUUUCUGAAGCAGAGGGUAACACCAAUGACCUUGUGUCCGAGUACCAACAGUACCAGGAUGCCACUGCAGAUGUUGAGGAAUACGAAGAGGUGGAAGUAGAAGCUAGCCCAGAAAAGGAAGCACAGUGAAAACGAUGUAAUAUUGAAACAUUCUCCGAAAAAGCCUAUUGACAAUCA